CCCAAACAUCAGCAUGACCAGCCAGUCCCAGGGAAUCCAGCAGCUUUUACAGGCAGAAAAACGUGCCAAAGACAAACUAGAAGAAGCCAAAAAAAGAAAGGGAAAGAGAUUGAAGCAAGCCAAAGAAGAAGCCAUAGCAGAGAUAGACCACUAUAGGUUACAGAGGGAGAGGGAAUUCAGGCACAAACAAUCUAAUAUAAUGGGAUCCCAAGGUAACCUCUCCACUAAAAUAGAAGAGCAAACAACAGAAAAAAUCCGAGACAUCACCAAUAGCUUCCACAAGUACAUGGAAAACGUAAUGAAACAACUUUUGAACAUGGUAUAUGACAUCAAACCUGAAAUCCACCCAAACUACAGAGACACAGUUUAAAUCCCAUUGAUGUGUGCAUGUAUCAACAGAAGCCACACUGUUUUCCUAGUAACCCAAAUCAUCUUCUCCUUUAUGGGAUUGUCUGUAUGUGAAAGAGAAAUACUAAGCCCAAAGCACACUGCCACACACAAUGUUUUUGGGGGGAUAAAAUUCUACGAGGUUUCACAAGCAUUUGGUGGAAUGGAUUUGUUUUUCCUAUUGAUAGCUAUUACCCUGUCAUUUAAAUAGUAGAAAGCCGACAACAGCAGAAUAAGUGAUUAUUUGACACUGACAGCUUUUUAGUGGGUGUCUUUAUUUCUCUUCUUAUAUAAAAUGUUCUGUACUA